AGCUAGACAAAAUCAUUCAUCGAAUUAUUUUCAACGAGAUUAAAGUUCUCGUGGUUUGCUGUGAACGAAUCUCGUUUUCGUAAAUAAUAGUAGACGAGAAACGAAGUGCAUUUAUUCGGUCUCGUUACUCGUUAGUUCCUAUUUUGAACAUUUGUUUCUGAUUUUGUGAUAUUGUUAUCGGAGACUUCAUUAAAUAGUUGGUUGAACCAUAAACAAUAAUUCAAACUGUGGUCGUUACCUAGUGCGAUAUUCCAUUGUGUAAUGUAUCAGGAUAUUUAAUUCUUAAUCCAGGAACUUAAUAAGAUAAUUAAUCGUAAAGCUGGGUCAUAAGGAAGCAAACGGCACCGAUAUGGUGGACUAUUACAAGGUCCUAGAAGUGCCCAAAGGGGCCAGUGUCGCUGACAUUAAAAAAGCAUACCGAAAAUUGGCGCUGAAAUGGCAUCCCGACAAGAACCCCAACAAUAUGGAUGAGGCCACCAAACGAUUCAAGGAGAUCUCCGAGGCCUACGAGGUGCUCUCAGACGAGACCAAACGCAAAAUCUACGACAACAAAGCGAGCCGAUCGAGUGCCAGCAGGACCACGAGAAGUCACAGGAGCUAUUUCGAAACCCACACCCCUUCGUAUAGAUUUUUUGAGAAAAAGAGGCGUAUCUACGACCAAUUUGGAAAGGAGGGUUUGAUAAAUGGCGGACACAGGGGUAGGAGCAGGCACGAAGAGGACUUCGAUCCAUUCGGUGGAUUCGGAUUCUUCACUUUCCGAGAUCCCGAAGAUGUGUUUAGGGAGUUCUUUGGAGGUUCUCCGUUUGCUGAUCUCUUCGACUUCCACGACCAUGGACACAGUCGAGGCUCGAGAAGAAACAGAAACUCCCACCCCAGUUCGGCCAUUUCGUCACACUUCUUCAGCCCCUUUGGAAUGUCACUGGGCGGCAACAUGAUGGACGAUUUCUUCAGCGGUGGUUCUGGCUUCACUUCCUUCAAUUUCGACAGUUCGGUCUCGAAUGGACACGCAACAAAUGUGAAGAGAACUUCCACUUCGACGAAAUUUAUCAAUGGCAAGAAAAUCACCACGAAAAAAGUUUUCGAGAAUGGAAAAGAAACCAUCAUGUCCUACGAAAACGACGUUCUCAAGUCGAAAACAGUAAACGGAGUUCCACAAAGUCUAACCUACAGUUAAAAACCAAAGUAUCUCAAAUAAAACAGUGGUACGGCUGUAGACUUAUGGAAUCAUAUUACUUAACGGGAUAUGAUUAUUGUCCGCUUCAAAAAAUUUAUUAAAUAAUGAAUAUUCCUAAGUGUUUUGUCUCUAGGCCCGUAGCCACAAAAUCAUUCUGUAUCUAUCUCAACUGUAUUUUAAUUUGAUCAGUUGGUUAAAUAAAACGACUUUAUAAUUCUGUUUUCAGAAUUCACUGAGUAUCUUUCAAGAAGAUGAUGGUUAAGCAUAAUUAUUAAUUUUUUAAUUUUAGUCACGUGUUUAGUUCACCCUUGUUGAGACUAGGAAAAGUGCUCAUUUUUGUAUGGAAUAAAGAAUAUAGGGUUUCUUAAGAAUGAACGUUUAGUGAUAGUCGCAUCUAAUUUUUGUUCUAAUUAAAAGACUGCUAUCCUAAAUCGUUUUUCUUUAUCCACUAAUAAGAAUUAAUCUCUGAGAUGAAUAAUGAUUAAUUUUUUUUAUUGACUAGUUAGUUGUUAAUAUGGCACACUGUAUUUUAAAUACCCCAAAUGCACAUAAGAUGUAUAUGUUUUGCUUAUUGGUGUGCUGUAUAAAGUAGAUUCUGGAAAUACACUAUACAAAAGA